GAUUAAAAGAACGGCGAAAAGCAGUUUACAGAAUGUUAUCGGUGGUGUAUUUUUAAACAUGCGUGUAUUCUUCGUCAGAUUGUCGCGAAAAUGAAAGAUUAAAUUGCUUCAUCUAGGUCAUGGCCGCCUGGGUAUUUCGCUUCCUUGUUCAGAGGCCAAAAUUUUGUUUCGGUAAGUAGUUUCGAAGAGCUCAUGUUCACGACAAAAUAUCGAAAUUCACGACGUGUAGUACACAGGUGUAAUGUGUUUCAUUUUUUUUUUUUUUACAGGAUUGACUUUGGGAGCGCAUUUCGUCUUGCUUCUGGUGACGGGUUCGCUCUAUCUUUCCGGCUAUGAUAUUUUGCCGGCCGAUUUUACCCAAGUUCCAUUGAAUCUUGAACACGAUGUGACAAAACUUCGCGCAGAUGCGUGGAAAUUCGCUCGGCAAGAUUCCCGAGUAAAUAUAAAUCCCACUUCCGUGGGAACUCAAAGCGAGAGAACUAUUCAAUAUGACGUUCUGGAAUUGAUGUACGACGCUGUAAAGGGAAACACUUUUACAAAACGAAAUUUGGAACUCAUUCAAGAAGCUGAGAUGGAAAUCUUUAACAAUUCCAUAUAUCAGCAACGCCUUUGUCAAAUGCUGGAAAAUGGUCUUUGUAAACCUCCCCUAUCUAUAAUUCGAUUCUUUGACGGGAGUUACAGAUCAAUUCAUACGGAUUUGUUUGAUCCAGAUUUUGAAAACAUUUCAAGAAUCCUAUCUUUGGCAAACUCGAUAAACGUAACUCGGGCUAUACUGGAUUUUCAUUUGGACAAACACGCCGUGGUUUAUCCCAAUGAGAACAUGCUAGUUCAAUCUCGAUAUACAAGGUCGUUAUUUUACAUUGGUUAUCCUCUUAAAGGAUUCCAUAACACUGAAGACCGAGUCGACAAACAGUGGGACCAAGCUCAGUUAUAUUCUAAGGGCGCAUUUGCCGAACAUUUAGAUGUGAAAUUCAGACAAGGAAUUGGGGAGAUGAAAUUUUAUUACUAUCUCCGUGCGUUAUUUUUUAAUGCCAUUUCUCAGCAGGUCAUAUAUGAUCUUCUUUUGGCUGGUGCUAGCUUUACAUUUAUUUUCCUCUUCAUGCUGUUUCAAACUCAGUCCAUUUGGAUAACAGGUUGGGCCGUGUUCAGCAUACUUACGUGUUUCUUCGGCGCGAACAUUAUCUACCGGGUGAUAUUGGACUGCCGGUACAUCGGUAUUUUUCACGUACUCUCCGUGUUUAUUAUUCUUGGUAUUGGAGCCGAUGAUGUGUUUGUAUUUAUCGACACAUGGAAAGCUUCAGAGUCAAAGACCUUUCGCGACUUGGCAUCAAGGAUCUCCUUUGUUUACCGGCGAGCGGCUAGUGCCAUGUUUACUACAUCGUUUACAACAAUUGUAGCCUUUGUAACUAGCGUCUUUUCUCCCUUGUUGGGCGUGUCCACAUUUGGCAUAUUCUCAGCGCUCUUAGUUUUUGUAAAUUUCUGCUCCGUCGUUAUCUUCUUUCCCACGGUCAUUAUAACUUACGAGUUUUACUGGAAAAACUAUCGUUGGCAUUGUUUUGGAGAUUUGAAAGCGUGGCAAGCUGUAAAAUCGCGCAGAGAAGACGUUGUUCAAGGCGAGGUAUCAGGACAGGAACAACGGGAAGACAAGUUCGUUGAGCCAAGUAAACUUGUCAGUAACUUCUUAGGAAACAGGUUUUUCAAAAACUUUAUUGCACACGAGAAAAUUCGUUGGAUAAUCCUAGGAGUAUUUUUGGUUUUUCUGUGUGUUUCUAUUGGAUUUGCGACACAGCUCACCCCAGAUGAGGAACCGGUAGGUGUUUGAUUCAUGUCAGAAAUAGUUUAUGAAGUAUGCAUGUUGUAUAGUAACGAUGGGGUACCUAUGCCGCCCCUAAUAGUGAGAGCUGAAAUAAUCACUUGGCGAGGUGAUAAUUGUGACUAUUAUGCCAGUGGUUGUUACGUAGUUUUGUUUUAAUAUUUAGCAUGGUUUCUUUAGGAGCAAAUUUAGAACUGCAUAUUCCGAAAUUUUCAAAUUUUCUUUCAACAGUUUCUAGUAAAUAGUAUUAUUAAAAUGAUAAGAAUAACUUAUAAAAAACUGCCGAAUGAAUUAUGGAACCAAAUGCGGUUCACAGGUUUGGUUUACCACCCGUUAGACUCUUGGCAAUUUAUGAAGCAAAAUGUUAGAAGGCAAAUAUAAAUUAGCCAACCAAUUCGGUUUCCUAGUAAUAUUAAUCAUUUUUCGCAGUACUUACUAAAAAGCUUAUGUAUCAGGUUUUCUAAAAAAAUUUUAGAAGACAAAUUGACGAUUCGCGGUAAAUGUGGUAAGAUGAUUUAAGUGUCACAUUAGGUAGGCAUCUGACUCUAAAUAUAAUUGCCUCUUGUAAAUGUUUUCAUACAAGCUCAGAUUAAUUCAGGAAAACACUUUUGCGACAAUGCCAAGGCAACCAUGAGGAAUCAAAGCCAUCACUGCGGGGCUAAAUUAAAAACUUCUGGCCGAGAAUGAAUAUCAGUACUGUCACAUAUCACGCUAAUUAAUGAGAGAGUAUUUGUGGCCCUGGCUGCAUAUGGAUUUUAGACUUAAUUUCCAACAAUAUGUGAACAACAUUUUCCAUAAUUAAUUUGUUUCAGUUCCGCGAACAGAAAGUGAGAGCAGCAGUUUAAAGCUUGUUUCAUUCGCUGCCGGUUUGCGGAACAUAUCUCAACAUUAUUUUUUUCCUGAUAUCGAAGUUCUCAUUUUCGUGCGAUUUUCGAUGCAUUUCGUUCAACAUUUCAGGCCUAUUUACAUUUAAUGCGGUUAUUCCUUACUCUUUUAUGGAUAUCAAACCUGGUUGUGCGAAGGUUUCCUGUAAUUUUCGGAAAACAGAAUUAAUAACAUGCCUUCAAUUUAACAAAAAACCUGUCUCUCUAAUUCUCCAUUUAUGGGGAAAUGUUUCUCAAAAAACUAAAAUAGAAUCAAUCUUUGCUAUUUGGCUCUCUAAUUAAAAAAUGUAGCUGCUGAGCUAAACAACUACAACAAUUAGGCAUGGAUAUUUAUAAUUUCAUGGAAAUUCACUAAUUCAUAAUUAAUGAGAAACGUUUCUGUUCUAUGAGUAAAAAAAGUUGAGGUCGUGCAGUAGCUUCAACGGAGAUGAAAGUUGCUCAGAUGACAUCGGUGUUGAACGGGUCACUUUUAAUUAGCCAUCAAAAUUUAAAGAAUACAAUGGCUAUCCGAAAAUUUGAUUGGCAAACGAGAGAGUAACUUUACGUUGAAUGAUGUGUGAGUUGACUUACGUUAGACUGAUGAUAUGUUGGUCAAAGUAAACCGAUGAAUGAUUUCGAUUUCUUUCACUGAGAAUUCUUGGAACAUUUCUUUUGCUGUCACAAUCGCUUGAAUUCCAUUGAAUUCUGCAGCACUGAGUGAUUCAUUGCAAAAAUUACUUCGGGUUUCUCAUAUUACAUGAACGCUUCCACUUAAAUUUGAUUUUCACGAUCCAUUUCAUAAGGGUUAUUUCUAUUCAUUGCAUCGUUAUCAGCAUAGCGAUGCUAACCUCUUACUUACUAAACGUGAGGUCCGUACUGAGAAAUCUUGGCUUGAGGUCGUGGCAGUACAAAAACGACCGAGGGGAAAUAUACCCAAGUACGGCUCGAGCAAGUGAUUCUAGUAAGUGGGUUAUGGUACUCGGACCAAACUUAUUUAUUUUGAAUGUGCCGGCUUUCGUGAUGAGAAAUACAAGGCUACUGACCGUUUCCGUCAAAACGGACCGUAUGGCACAAUCGAGACCAAGUAAGAACGUUUGGAUUUACGUUAGGGUUUACUUUAUAAUAAAAAUAAAUGCUCACAUGGUCAAUUAAAGCAAAUUACGUACAAAGCAAUAGACUUAACAUUGAAUAGAUGUUAAUUUACCAAGCUCCCUGUGUAGACGACCUGCGCCCCUUUUUCACUAUCACAUGCAAUUCCUUGUCAUUUAAAGCCAAAGAAUUUUUCUAUUGAUAGAUGUUACAUGUUACUUUCACUAUUCAUGAUAGGUGGACGUAUGGGGCCCGGGCACCAAUUGGUACAUUAUAAAGAGGUUACGGCGCUCGGCAUUUCGACCAAGUCAGGAAGAUCACGUAGUUGAGGUUCAUAUUAUCUGGGGACUGAAGAAUCAAGAUCGUAGUUCGUGUCACUUUACAGACUUUAAAUGCAAAGGGAACACUGUGUUUGAUCCAAGUUUUGAUUUAAAUCCAUCAGAGUGCCAGGUGGCUUUGUUAGUAAGUCAUUUCUUGUUUCCUUCUCCAUCAAUCUAACGGUUCAUUUUUUAACUUAGGAAAAAAAUUAAAUUAAGCAGUACAGAUAUUUACAGUUAUUGCAGUUAUUAUUGAAUUUUUUAUUCUAGAGCAACUUUGAUAUGCUCCUUUUUUCUUCCAAUUCUUUAAAGGAAUUCUGUAAAGAAAUUAAAAACUUGCCAGAAAAUAAGAUCCAAAACUUGAGAAUAAGGAGAAACGCCAUUACGGGUGAACCAGAAAUCCAAUGUUUCAUAGACAGAUUGAAUGACUAUCUGCAGGUAAGAAACACUUAAUAUAAGCACAAUAAUGAAGUGCCGCUAAACAUGGCCUCAAAUGCAAAAAAAUAAACUCGUUUAAAUCGCAACUUGAUACAAAAUGAAAUACUCAAUAUAAGGAAUAUUAGCACGAAAGAAAAUUGUCUAAGACGUUUCAGUAUGAUUCUAGUAUAUGAAGUGCAGAAAUAUUUUAUUUCAUUAGGAUUGCACAUGCGAUACGAAGUACCAACUUCUGAUGAGACAGUUUCUUAUUUAGAACCAGCUAUCGCUCAACGCAAUCAUACAAACGCAAUAAAGGCUUGUUUUACAUCUGUACAGGAUGAAGCUAACAAGCCCAAGUAUUCUAACACCACGGAGUUUGCGAUACCAUCACGUGAAAGUGACGUGCGACAGUUAAUGGCACGAAACCCUGACCUGUUUAACGUAACGUUAGUGGGUGAGAUGUACGACAGAUACUUUGAGGUGGUUCUUGGCUAUUGGCUGACCAAUGCCAAUCAGACUGUAACGUCAUCUGACUUCAAAACGUUCGGCGGAUUGUUGGGAGGAGCGAAGGAUCCAACUGACUCUUCCUCUAUUCCAAAUUAUCAAGGUCUGCAGUUUUGUUCAAAAAUACCUUAUGGCGAGAACAUUGUAGCAUGAGGAGUUAAACUGACAGGUUACAGUCUGGAAAUGAACAGAAACUGGUCGGAGUGAUAAUUUAGAAAUGAGACUUUUCCACUCUCAUUUUUUUCUGUUAAGAGUUAAACUGACAGGUUACAGUACUUUUUUUCUUACGAAGAAUUUCACGCAGGCUAUAAAUGAAAAGUUAAAGGUGCCUUCUUGGUUUGAGUGCCUAAAUGUGACGACAGUUUCUUUUUCCCUUGCAAACAUAUGAAUAUCAUUAAUCUUUUUAUUUCAGGGGGCCAGUACGGAAACAGACUACUGUUUGCUUCUGUGGCUGUGAAUACAACCAUGGUUCUUAGCAAGACGGGGCAAACUGAAGGACUUAAAGUGUACGAUCACUGGGAAGGCUUCGUAAGGGAAAAGGUAUUCUCAAUACAGCAUAAAAUAAUUCAGCUGUAAAAUAUCAAGAAACCUUCACUAUCAAAGGUGAAUCCACGUGUUUGGCGGGAAUACAACAGUUCUUAUGUCUUUGGUACCAGCAAAGUUGUUUUUGAAAAUUUAUGUCAGUUAAUUUUAUUUCCGUAAAAUGGUAUUUAAUUCAGUAAAUUACAUAGUGUUAUAGAGCAUUUAGUUAUUCUAUAACCAGUAAGUCAGUUUUAGUCAGUUCGGUCUGAUAUAAGUUAUCGUUUGUAUUUAGAAGUGUUUAAUGUAUGAAUUCGAAUUCCGAGGUUAUUUAGGUUAGAGCUGUCGUGAUUAGUUUCCGAAUUGUGACAGCCUUGUCUAACCUCCUCAAGUGGACGUGCUUAAUUUGUUUACUGACCUUGCUUUAGACCCACACGAAAGUUCUUGUUUUGACUAAAACAGUCAGAGGUUGACUUAGUUGAACGAAAGCAUUAUGAUUAAGUACUCCACUGUUCAGAUCGAAAGUCUCUUGAAAUUGUUUGGUUUAGCGUUCUAACAACGGAUGUUUGAUCUUCCGGGGUCAGCCAGCUGACAUGCCCUCCCAUAUCUGUCAGCAGUGAAUAAAUAAGCAUGUUCUUUAGAGUCUACGUAAAAAAGAAUGGGGAGGAGAGAGAAAAGCGAAUAGAGGAGAUGGAGAGUGAAGAGAAGACUAGAAGAAUGUAGACCGGCAGUGUGCGGCAGUGUGCAGCAGAGUACAGCCUGAAUUCCGCAGUUAAGAAGUAUCCAGUGAGAAUCAGAGUGUGAGAGCCUAAGAGAUUAACCAAAGUUACUCAGAAUGAAAUAAACUGGGAUGUAAGUGGAAUUGUGUUCUGAAAAACUGAGUUAUUAAAGAAAGCAGAAAAAGACAACUGGAGAGCCUUGGUGCCUUUCACCGGGCGUGGUGUGCUCAAUAGCUUGUUCCUUUCGACAUUAAGUCGCAACAAAAGUGCUUGAUCAGGAAACAUAUAAUCGCGAGGCGUCUCAAUCUUAUAAUAUUCGAAAUAAGCUCUGUUUUACACUCGAAAAAUCAGAAACACGUGAGCUUUUUUAAAAAUAUAUCGCAAAUUACGUCAAAAUGUGGUAAGAACAAAAAAGUAGCGCAGUCGAGUGUGUCCUCGAUGUUCUUACCACAUUUUGACGUCCAUCAUCUCUUACUGAACAGACGCACAGCAACGUGUAAAACGCGUAUUUCCACCACAUACAUAUUUAUCUCCAUCUUAAAUGGACUUACAUUACAACCUAUUUCAUUUGUUAUCAAACUUUCAACGUAGAACUGAAUCGAAUAACAAUCUUGUUUUCUAUCGCGAAGACCGGCAAAUAUACUUUGUGUUCUGUUUAAAGCGGGGGAAAAAAUCGCUUACCUUGGGUGAGACACUUUUGCUUGCUAACGCAUUCAAGGUCAAAAACUACUUUUACAUUCACAAAUAUAUUGUCAAAGUAUAUGUAAACAAAAUUACAAAAUCUUUCGUGUUAGUACAUACUAGACUAACACAGAUCUCUCUUCUCUGUUAGUUAAAGACGAUGCCAACUUCAUGUAACAACGCCUUUCAAGCAACUCCUAAUGGACAUAACGCCUGGCACUGGCUUAAGGUCAAAAAGGUAAUUUUUUAGAGAAUAUAACAUGCAACACUAGUUUAGGACAUUAGUACUUGCUCUGUUUUCAAAAAAUAACAAAAUUUAUCAAAUUUAGUUGCGAUUCAGAAAACAAAAAUGAAAGAUGCGUAUUUAAGAAAACAGCUCUUUACAAUGUGUAUGAAAUUUAUUUGUUCGAAGGCCAUUCCAUUUCCUUGUUUUCCCGUAGGUGCUAGCAUCAACUGCCGUGCGAGGCAUCCUGCUUGGACUGGGUCUAGCGAUAUCGCUUCUUGUUGUGAUGACAUCAAACUGGCUAGUAGGCUUGCUUUGUGGAGCCAUCAUAGCUUGUAUUACCGUUGGUGUCGUUGGUGUUAUUCCGUUAGCGGGAUGGAAGCUUGGAGUUCUUGAAUCUCUGAAUCUCACUCUUGUUGUAGGACUUGCUGUCGAUUACGUAGUUCACCUUGCUGAUGGCUACGUGAGAUCCCAGAAGCCUACACGCAGGGAAAAAGUCAGAGACACACUAGAUCAUGUAGGAAUUUCCGUGUUGUCAGGAGCAAGCACGUCACUGGGUGCGUCUGUGUUCAUGGUAGCUGCUAAAAUUCUCUUUUUUUUUCAGUUUGGCAUUUUCAUGUUUUGUACCAUUGGCCUCUCAAUCAUCUACGCCCUCAUUUUGUUCACAACUGUUCUGGGUAUUUUCGGCCCUGAGGGAAACACCGGAUCACUAGAACCAUUUUACAAUUGGUGUAGAAGAAAAACUGGGCAUCCCGUACUGGAAGAGACUCCUUGUGAAGACAUAUCUGAUGCCGAGUACCAGUUUCCUCCGUUAGGGCCUUGUAAAACAGCCACACCUUUGUAACAUCGACUAUCGCGCAACAACAACUGCAAAAUAAAUCCUCGCGUUUACAAUUUCCUAAAAUUUUUCUUGGCGGUGCUAUUCAAAAAGGACAAAAAUCUGAAACUUAAAAAAAAACUCUCUGAACUGAAACAGACACUUCUUUGUAUCCCUAUUGUUUCAAGAAAAGAUGGAGUUUACAUAUGCUAACGAUGCCAAAAUUCAUCGCAGUGAAAGUCCAGCACGCAUAUAUCUGAUAUCAUGAAUGAAUCAAACGCUCUCCAGAAAUUACUACAUCAGGUAAAGCUGAAGAAUUAACAUUGAUAUGGGUCAUUUUUUCAGCAUUAAGCAAACAACAGAUUAGAAUGGACAGUCAAACAGUAAGUUCCACAUUGUGUUUUGACACCAAAACAACAGAACAGCCACAUGAGCGGAUGAACGUACAAUGAUAAGCAUAUUGCAAAACGCCACUGGAAAGUGAGAACAAGAGAGAAGUGCUAUCUUUAUUUUUAUUAUCUAUAUUCAACAAUUUACAAGAUAAAAAUAUUUCUUGAGUAAUUCGUUACCUGAGGCCUACGUUCACAACUUGAAAUGUCAUAGGAAAUGUGUGACGCGGGGUUGACUUGGUUGGCUAACUUAUUGACCAAUCAGGUAGCAGCCAUACGUUACGCGGUAACGUCACAAGAAGACUCGGUAUCAAAAAAAAAAAUGAAAAUGAAAUCAAUCUCCAAAUAAUCAGUAAACAUUCGUCUAUAGAAUAUAAAACAGAAUAAGGAUGGAACACUACAAGUUUGGUUUACCAUACCUUUUUCAUUGAUUACGAGGGACAACACGCUUCCCCGUCUACUUCUGCGUUACGCUCUGGUGGAGGCGGGGGUGGGAAGGGGGACGAUUGGGCUAAUCGAAAUACUGCCGUAGCUUCCCUGGGGUAUUUGAGUUGCCGCAAACGUAGAGAAAAAUUUGGGGGUUAAGGAAAACUGAAGAGCAAUAGGCUACAGGAUUUAAAACGUGCAAAUGUAGGGGGUACUACAAUUCUUCAAUAGUUUGCAAAAUCCUGCCCAAUAUGUUUUUUUCUCAAGUGUGUUCUUCUGUGGUACAUUUGUCUUAUUUACACUUAACCCUCUAUAGCCCAUAAUCUGCUCAUUGUAAAUGAAAUAUAAUAAAUAAUUCUAACUUUAACUUUGAAAAUGGAAGGCUACUCAUCUGCUUAAUAA